GAGUGAUGUCCACAUCUCAACCCCCCCCCACACACACACAGACGGAUCACCCUCCGCCCACCUCGUUUCCGAUUCGACGCGCGUCCUGGGUCACGAUACCGUCGCGCAUGCAUCCUAUAUAAGCAGCAGAAAGUUUUCCAGCCCAACAUCCAAGUCGGCCCCCCUCGACCAACAACAGACGACAUCGGCUUUGCGGUUUGAUCCUUUUGCGUAAAAAGUACCAAGACGUUUCCAGACAUGGAGAGGUCAGUCCGGUUCGCCGUGGUGUGCGUCGGCGUGUCUCUGCUCAUCUGCUGCCAUCCGGUCGAAGCCUGGUACAAGCAGUCCACCGGGCCCAGCUACUACUCGGUGGGUCGCGCCUCCGGCUUGCUGUCCGGUAUCCGGAGGUCACCUUACGUGCGCAGGUCCGAGUCCGAAGAGGCGCUGAUGGAAAGCGGGGAGACGGCGGGCAACAACCUGCUUCCAGAGACCGACAAGCAGAUCUCCAUCCUAAAGAGCAUGGCCAUCUGCGUGAAGGACAUCUCUCCAAACCUGAAGAGCUGCGAGCUGCUGCGGGACGGGACGGGCACCUUCCAGUGCAAGGCGGACGUCUUCCUCACGCUGGACUCCCUGGACUGCCUGUCCGCCUGAGGGCCGGUCCGACCUGCGGAGACAGUCCUGGUCCUCCGGCUGCGCUUCUCUGGACACCGAAAGGAGAGGAAAGGGGCGACGGAGAAGAGGAAAAGGCGAUGAGGGUGGACGAUGGACCGCUGCAGACUCUGAAUGUUCUUAUUUAAAAAAAAAAAAAAAGGAAUAUUCAAACAAUUGUUCCGUUUUACUUUGGUUGUGUAGACAGAAAAGUGCGAGAGGUAUUUGUUAAAACCAUCUUCUUUCCAUCUUUACUGUUUAACCACAGACCCUCCAUUGCAAAAAUGUAUUAAAUGUCCAGAAAGUUGACUGCACAGCAGAUUUCCUGUAAAGUACUUUUAUUUAUUUUAUCUAUUAAAAAGAACAAACACUAGUAAA